CUUCGAAUUGUACGCAUACGUAAUUAUGAGAAUGAUGAUUGUACUUUUGGACCGCUGAUCGUCUAUUGAACUUUAUAGCGCAAUGAUUAUACGCUACAGCCGUUAUAUUUGUAAUAUUACUAUUUUAAAAGUAUUGAAAUUUUACGCAAAAUAUGUGCAUGUUUGCUUCACCCUGUUUUAUGGGAAAAACUCGUUGCCUAUGCAUUUCUUUCAAUUAAUAACAAUAGACUAAUCAAAAAUAUUCAAAUUUGUUUAUCUAAGCUGAAAGCACGCAGUUUAGUUAAAAUGUCCGAAAGUCAUCAAAACCAUGGUAGCAAUAAGAUGGAAAUGCCUUGUCCACAUGUGAUGCUUUUUCAUGCUGGGCACUGCGAGCAAAUUUUAUGGAAAGCUUGGACUGCAAGAACAAUCCUAGAGUUUUCAUUGUCUGCCAUUGCCAUUUUUCUUUUGGCAUUUUUAUAUGAAGGUGUGAAGUUUUUUCGACAGUUCCUUCUUCGCCGGGCGCUAGAAAAACUAUCUAAAAACAAAGAGAAGACGGAUGUUGUAUGUAGCACAAUUGCUGGACUCAAAAAUAAACAAUUGUUUAAGCAAAUAAUAGCACCUCAACAUCUUUUACAAACUUUAUUGUUCUUAUUUCAAGUCACAUUAUCUUUCCUACUUAUGUUAAUAUUUAUGAGUUUUAAUUACUGGUUGUGCCUAUCAAUUUUAUUAGGCCUUACAGUUGGAUACUUCCUAUUCGGUUGGAUCAAAGACGAUGCUUAUGACAGUGAUUGUUGCAAUUAAAAUACGUACUUGUGCAAAUACAUUUGUAUAUAUUAUUACAGUUAAAUAUUGCUAAUAUUUAUUAAGAUAAAAUAAAUUAAAAAAUUAAUUAACUUUAAAAUGUAAAUAUCGAAAUAUGUUCCUUCUCCGACUAUAUUUUUUAUUCAAUUAUAUUAUUUGCUAUAAAUGCAGACUUUCGAAACACAAUGACGGAACUCA